AUGACUUUGCCAGAGUCAUCAGCUGACGACAAGUCCUUACAUGAGUUUCGAGUUCCAGAAAUCUAUCAGGCUUUGCACAACAGCAUACCACCGGAGUUGCUGCCCUGGUUUGAUCCGAUCUAUGUGGAGUAUUACAACCAGUACAAUGUCGGACGUCUAUACACACACGAGGCGCCAAUUGAAGAAUUUCGCAGGAACCCUGCCAAGUACACUAUCUCGUAUGGCCGCACACCAGGGCCCGAUGUCUUCCGCAUCACCCAGCAAUUAUGUCCCCUUGGCGGCGUGUCAGCAGGAGUUAUGAGCCAUCUCUGUUGCAAUGCCAACAUCCCUCUGCGGCUGCAGAUCCUAACUGUUCCGGACUGGAAAAUAUCCCCCGUACUGGCCCGCGACUUCCAGAACCUCGCGCCUGCGCUGGUGUUCACGGUGGAACUUGAUCCUCUGCGCGAUGAAGGAGAAGCGUAUGCGGCUAAAUUGCAAACUGCCGGGGUCCCUGUGGAAGUAAACCGUGUACUUGGGGCACCACACUUAUUCCCUGCGCUGGAUAGGAUUCUGGAGAAAGGGCGACAGUACAAUGCGAAGGUGAUAGCGGCAAUGAAGCGGGAGCUGGGGACAUAG